CCUGACUAAAUUCAGCAGAGGACACGCCUGCGUUGUCCCUAAUUGCAUUUGCAUGUUAUUUCUCUCUUCUUCAUCUUUAUAUUUCAUCUUCCUUUCCAAAUUCUUACUGUUAUUCCAUUUCCAUCUCCAACAAACUACUCAAAAUGGCGGAGUCCUGUGAAACUGUUGACCCCAAGCCCAACGGAGCAUAUGUCGAAAUCGCCGGAGAGAAAGACAUCGAUGGCGCCUUUCAGUCCACAAAGGAGAGGGAGACCUUGUACGAGAUUCUUCACCAUAUGGGUUCCGCGAUUUUGGUUGCUCAUAAGGGCAACAGUGCACCUCUACUGCAGCGGAUCAAGACUUCCGUAUCUCAGUACGCUCCUCGCAUUCCUGAAGCUUCUAGAAACACCGGUCAGGAUGUUCUUCUCUGGACUCGUCGAGGCAGCCCUCUCCGGGCUCUCCUUGUCAUCUCGGUUGGGACAAUCACUCUUGUUUCCUUGACAGGGUUGUCUGUCUUUCUGCUUUUGGUUCUGGCGGCAACUUUCAAUGCCAUUGUUAUUUCCCUUUUUGUGUCUUUGGCAGUAGCGGGAGGAUUCUUGGCCCUUUUCUUCGCAUCUGUAACAGCUAUAUAUAUUGGAGCAUUAUCGAUAGCCAUAUUUGCUAUUUGCACUGCUUCAUUCUGGGCAAUUGUGGCUAUACUCAUAACUACAGGUUGGAUUGGAUUCUUCUGCACUUUGUGGUUGGCAACUAGAAAGAGCUUUGAACUGGCUAAACAAUUCUUGACUGUGACUAGCACUGCCGUUGCAAAUUAUGCGGAUGCUCGGCAUCCCCUCAAGAUGGAAAAUUUGGACUCAGAUUGAGGCUCAUUAUGCAUAAAAGGUUUAUGCACAACACUAUUUUGUAUUGCU